AUGUCUUUCAACAAUGAUUCGCCUACACUCUCCUCUCCAAAUGGAUUUCUUCCUGCAGAGACUCCUUAUUAUGUAAGGCAACCGACUUCAAAUCAAGAACUCUAUGCGACACAGCCGAUAAUUCAACAAUAUCCGCAUGGCACUGUUCAAAACGAGUACUACGUACAGUCUCUGCCUGCCCAAUCACUGCCGCCCUCCACAAACAGAGAGCAGGCACCCGCUCCACAAAUUCAACAGCAGCAACUAACACAGCAGGAAGAAGUGCCACCGGCUUCCAUUACCUCCACAAUUCGUAGAUCAGCAUCUUUAUUCAGGGGAGUUAGAGAUGUAAGUCAAAAGGGUAUACACAAAGUGAUCGUUUACGAAAUUCCCGGUGGAACCCGAUCUUACAUCUUCAUGUUCAAACGCAAGACUUCACAGCCAAACGUUGCAACGUACCAAUGUGGCCAAUGCAAAAAAGCGAACACCUACACCGCGAUUACGGUGAUUGGAGAUGACUUCAUGGAAGACCCGACGAUGCUGGCUCACGCAUGUAUACCUGUCGAGAAAACGAAGGACAAAGCUGACAGGCUUUCGUACAAGUGCUUGCAAGAAGUACGUGACGAUCAAGAGGCUGUUCUACAGCCGACAAUAAACUAUUGGCUCAAGGUUCUGGAUGACAUCGAAAGGUCGAAUCAUGGAGAUGCCGUGUUGGCACAUUAUAUGAAGAAGAACGGAUACGACAGCCGAAGACAUGCCUUGAAUAGAGCAGUCAAUAGGACGGUACGAGAAGUGACGAUGAUUAAUGUUCCGGACUCGCUGCGCUACCUUCCAGAUGGAAGCAGAUUCCUGCAAGUGCAGCAAGCGGAUCUGCACAUCUAUAUGUCGCAAGAGAUCGUCAAGCGCGCUGUGGACAGAGACCUAAUCGCUUUAGUAGGAGAUGGAAAUCACCAGCUUAACCCGCGCAGCGGGACUGCAAUACCUCUCCUUUUUGCCAUUACGAGAAGCAAGCGCGAGGAUGACUAUGUGUUCAUGUUUGAUAAACUGAAGACCGCGAUUCAGGAAGCCAACGAAAGCCAGGAGGACCUGCGACUGAGAGUAAUUCUCGACUUCGAACUGGCCGCGAUUAAUGCAGCGAGAAGAGUAUUCCCGAGCUCCUCGGUGGAAGGAUGUGCUUGGCAUUCAAGCCAAGCUUGGGUCAGGAAGAGAAAUUCGCUUGGAAUUCUUCAGUUUCUCAAAGGCAAUGGGAAGUGCGGAUCCGUAGUGCGAUGGUGGCGAACAAUAAAAGGACUCCCUUUUUUGCCAACUGAGUAUUUCCCGCUGGUAACGGCGAUGCAAAACCCACCCGUGGAACGUGGACACGCGGCUUAUCGACCUUGCAAGAAAUUCCUAAAUUAUUUGCGGAAUACGUUGGACGGACCAUUUCAAAAUAUGUGGUGCAAGUACAUGGUUGGCGUGCAACGGACGACAAACAGCGCUGAAAAUUAUCACGCGAGGCUGAGGAAAAGUAUAGGAAAGAAGUACCCGCCGUUGGCGCUGCUCAUACUGGCUUUCCGUAGCUUCACGUCCGUAGCCAAGGGUACGCUUGCAAGGAUGGACAUGAGAAGGAACGAGCCGAAAACGCUUAGAAGAAAGGACCGCGUGAGGCGAGAGAAAGUGGACAGCGCUAUGGCUUCGUUCGACGGAUCCGAAAUGAUCAGCUUACUUCUUCCAUGA